ACACAUGUGCCAGCCGUGCAUGCGAUUUCCAGCGUGAUCGAACGGGCAGCGAGAAGGGGAGCGGAGGAAAAAAAACAGAAAGAAAAUGCCAGUGCGAGCACGAGCGUACGCGGAACGAACGAGUGAGCGGCGGACCGUUUUAUACAGAGCGACGCGUAGGAAACGAAUAAACGAUGCCACGAGUGAACGUAGCCGCGGCUGUAAGUUUCUGUAGUAACACCGAUCGGUUUCUGGCUAUCCCGAGGCACACUGAAGAUAUUCUUGGACUCCCGUAUAUUAAUUCAAGUUUGGGGGACCGGCGUCGCUACCGCAGUCAGCGUCGCCGUCACCGUCACCGACGGUGUGUAUGUAACAUCGCCACUUGAUCGCCACGCGCGUCACCUUUGUUGCUUAGCAACUGUUCACCCUGCUCUAACGUCACUUUACCGCUACCUCUCGGAUUUCGUCGAAAUACGGACACGAAUUUUUACCUACCGAACCGAGGAAAGUAUCUCCUCGGUAUUUACCGGUGGUCGCAUUGAUAAAUUAGUCUAAAAGAAAUAUUGUUUGAAAAUACGUAACGUGAAUUUACAUAAAUGUAUAACUCACAAACCUCUCAUUUUAUUAUGAUCUCCCUAUUCCUUAAUUUUAGAUAUUUUUGCUUAUACAAUUAUAUAUAUGAUCAGUUUCUAUAGUAACAGAAUGUAAACAAAAAGAAUCACAUUGGUCUCAGAGCUAAGCAGUCUCACUUAUAUUUGAAGUGACUGCAUCUAAUAAAGUGAUAAAACUUUUUAAAUAAGUCAUAGUUAUGCAGAGACCACAGACGAGUGUGCCACAAAGCAAGCUUGACAGAUUUUACAGAGGACUAAAAAAUGAGUCAGGAGAAUUUUAUAUUCCUCCAGGGAGUACUCGUCCUGGUACACCUAGUCAAAAUGUAUUGGUAAGGCAACCAUCAUCAUCCUUGGCUACGUUCAAUCAGACGUCUGUAGGAACUUCACGAUUGAGCACAAUUAGCUCGAACAGUUCUGGAGCUCAUAACUUGGGAUUUUCCAUGCCAGGUCAAAUGAACAUAAACGUUUUGGAAAGACCAAUUACCCAACACGGGGUAGCUGGUAUUAGACCAGGUACUGCUAGAGGAUUGUCAAUGACAAGGCAAAUCCAAGAUAAGAGAUAUUACAUUGGACUCAUGCAAUUGAAAAUGAGAGAGUUGAAUCAGGAAAUGAAUGUUAUUAUGAAAGACAUUGAAGAGCAAAAUAAAGAAAGAGCUACUUAUACGCAUUAUGAUAAGAGAGCUAAAGAUUUAGCUACAGAGCUGACAGCUUUACAGGGACAACUGGCAGAUUAUAAUAUUGUGGUGGAUAAAAUGACAUCUGAUAUUGGGAAAGAAUAUAUUGAAGAAGAAAUUGAAGAACUUGCAGCUAAGAAUGAGCAAAACUUAGUGAAAAUUGAAAACAUGUUUGAGGAAAGAAAGAAGCUGGAGCAGAAGAUGAAUAAGAUAGAGAAACAGUUGGAAGAUGAAAGAAAGAGAACGGAGCGACUUAUAGAGAAUAUGGAUUCUGGUACGAGAGAGAAAUAUGAGGAGUUAUUGAGAGAGAAAGUAAAAUUACAAGAGAAAGCAAAUGAAAUGCAGCGAGAAUUGGACGAGUUGUACAAGGAGCAACUUUAUUUGGAAGAGGAAAUAACAUUGUCUCCUUUAAAGCAGGAGGCAGUUAAAUUACAUCUCAAGAUAAUAGAACUAGAGGAGAAGAGAGACAAGUUGAGAGAGGAAGAGAAGCACAGAAUUUCUCCAGAAGAGGAAAAAGAAAAUCUGUUGCAGAAAAUAAGACAGGAUAAUAUGGACAUUGCAGCCGCGGAAGCUCAGUUGGCUGAGAAGAAGAAACGGAUGCAGGAAACUGAACAAAAUCUUGAGCAACUCGAAGCAGAUUUAGAGGAUACACAAUCUGAAAAGCAAGUGAAAUACAAAGAAUUACGUAAACGAGAAGAGAUGAUCGAACAGUUUAUGACUUCCUUCGACGAAAAUAAAGACGAUGAAACGAAAAAAUUGUAUAAAUUAGAAAACACUGUAGUCAAAUAUCUGGAGAAUAUUUCAAGUGUGUUAAACAUCGACAUCGAUUUUGCAGGAAACGAUGAAAUGGCUUUAAUAAACAGUUUCCCAGCUUUCAAUGACGAGUAUACGAACAGUGAUAAAAGUUUUGAGAGAUUGACGAAAGAGAAUUUAAAACUACAACAAAUUCUUAGUGAAAUGGAGAUACUAGAGGAGAAGCUUAAAAGCGAAUUCACUGAUCUUAAUGAAAAAAUGCGUGACAAAGAGAACGAGUUCGUAACUUCUGAUCUGGAUAGUGUAAAGGCUAAAUUAGCUAUGAAACAAUCGCAAUUGAUAGCGGAAUGUGAACAGUUGAAAGAACAGGAACUAGCACAUGAAGAAGAAUUUAAAACGAUUCAGUCUAAAUAUAAUGAAAUAAAACAACGAUUGGAACAUUAUGACGUAUAUGCAGAGAUCAAUAUGUUACAGAAUACUAUGGAGAAAUUAAUUCAAGAACAUAAAAAGGUUGAAGAUUUUAUCGUUAAAGAAAAAGAACGCGCUAAUUACAGUCCAAUAAAAAAAGAUACCUUUGGCUUAAUAAAUACUUAUAACUCCAUGUUAAAAGAAAAUUUAAAGACCGUUUAUUAA